UUGGGAAUCAUAUAAUCUUGUUAGUGUACUGCUAUGUCAGAGAUCACAGAGUCAGGUAAUCGCUGCAUCAGAAAGGAGGCUGGUGUAUUGAAUCCCAGUAGCCUAUGUAGGGCACAGCCAGGGCUAAAUUCGUUUGUCACCUAUUUCUGCCUCGUCCCGAAGAUUCCAAACGUUGGAUGGAAUGUUUGGGUUCACCGGAAAGUGAUGUUGGCUGGUAGGAUUUUGCUUUUAGAUUUGCACUGGCAUAUAAUCUAUGGUAUAGUAGUUGUUUUCUAUAAUGUCAAUGUCUCGUAGUGACGCACGGAGAUGCAACUGAUAUUUUUUGUGCUAAUGGCUUUCUGCGUCUUGUCCAUCAACAGCGCACGCCGUCUAUAGGAAAAUAAGACAUUGAUUAAAAUAUUGCCAAUUGUAGUGGCAAUAUUCAGUUUGUUCAUGAGCGAAAAACCUGUACAGCGCUCCUUGCCCUUCUGCAUUGUACAGAUGACGUAAAGCACCGUGCUCAACCUUAUUCAGUAAUUUCACAGAAACCGAGUCCAACUGUAAGCCAUCUUCCUAGACUUCAUCUUGGAGCCAGCAGCAGAGCGAUAGUGGUGGUCCACACCCAUGUCACUCCCUCCCAGUCGGAAGCCCUCUGCAGGUCAGCGCAGGCGGUCAGUGGCUACUAGCAGUGGGCGCCAUUCCCAUAGCAAUGCCUCCAAUACCAACACUUACCCCACCAACACUUACCCUGGCAGGGCUAGUGAGGGCAGUCCUACAGCACGGACAUACCCUGGCACACCCAGGUGUCAGGCGAAGCACACCACCUGCAGUGAUAACCAUGGGAUCCGUCCCCCCCACACCAGAGCAGUACCUCACACCCCUGCAGCAGAAGGAGGUGUGUAUCAGACACCUGCGAGCCAGGCUAAGGGAGAAUGUUGAGAUACUGCAGCACAGGGACAGUGAGAUAACUGAGAUGAGGACCCAGCUGUGUCGGAUGCAAGAGGACUGGAUAGAGGAGGAGUGUCAUCGUGUGGAGGCCCAGCUUGCUCUAAAGGAGGCGCGCAGGGAGAUUCAGCACCUACAUGAGGUCGUGGAGACAGUACGAUCAAAUCUCGGCACCCCAGAAAAAUCCCCCCACAACCAAAAGCCAUACCUUUCACCGCAGGGACCCAGACCUGUCAAGUCCCGCUCCUGUGGUUGCUCCCCAGCCAGCACUCUGAACCGCAGCACCACCUACACCCGGCUGAGCAGUGAGGGCCUGCAUCUGGGCCUGCAUCUGGACCGCAAUGGAAAUGUCCCAGGACCUGACCUGCGUGCAGCGGCACGGGCAGAAGGGGGACGGACCCACCUGCUCCUGGAAGCAGCCCUUCUGUCAGAACAAAACCCAGCCGGCUCCUCCCGUGGCCCCUUCUCCUCCACCAUGCCACACUCCUCCACCUACGAGAGACUCUACGGCGGGGGGGCUGUCCUGCCCGUCUCCCACUCCUGCCAUUCCCUAGGUAACAGCUGCAGGUGCAGCGGACACACCUACCUCCCGCAUCACCACCUCUUCCUGCACCUCCCCCAGGAGGAGCCCCCGGCUGCAAUGGCAGCGGCUGCUGCCCCCGUGACAGAUGUGAAACCGGAGGUCCGAUCCCAGGCCUGCAGCCCCACCAUGACCUGGGUCUCAGAGGAAGGAGGGGGAGAAGAGCUAAGCAUCAUCUCCCUGGCAACAACCGACAUCACCACAGCCUACUCUGAACAACAACCGUUCUUGUCUUCCUCCCCUCCUCCCCAGCUCUCCUACAACCUACAACCGCUGCCUCCAGAUGGCCCAGUGGAGAUGACAAUAAUGCCAACAGUGGCCCAAACCUGCCAGCCCAAGCCUGUGUCAUUGUAUUCACCAGAGAGGCAAGGGAGCGUGACAGUGGUGGAGGAGGAAAAGAAGGAGGAGGCUGUUGAAGUUGAAGGUGAAAUCGUUGUGGAAGGGGAAGAGGGGGAGGAGGGGGCUCCCCAGCGGAACUUCUGGAGUCGAUACUUCCUGGUGGACCUGUUGGCGGUGGCCAUGCCGGUAGUGCCGACAGUGGCCUGGCUGUGCCAUGGUGCCCCGCGGGAGGUCAUGCCUGUCUACCACAUUGGCUCUCUGCUACGGGGUUGCUGCGCUGUGGCCCUUCACUCUCUGCGACGCAGGGGAUGUGGUCGGGGCCUUGACCCCACAAGCAUGAAUGGGGCGACCAAUAUCUGACAACUUUACUCUUUAGCAACCAUGCAACCCCAACCUCUUAUGAGCUACAGCCACAACGGCAAUUAUACAGACUUUGAUUUGGACUUAAACUCCUAUUGCUUUUUAUUCUACACCCACCACGUCUGAUUUGAGGAUGAACUUGAGAUUUACAUGAUCCGAUUGUAUUGCAGUUGACCUUUGUGAAUUUUGUUUAUUGGUUACAGCAGACAGGAAUUAGGCUAAUUGUAUAGUUCAAGCCUGUUUCUGUUAGAUUUGUAAUCAUGCCUUGCUAUCAAAGAAAAUCUAAUGCAAUAGUGAUUUGAUGGGGAAUGCAUGAGCCUGCUUAAAUGGACUUUUUGACACUGGUCUACAGUGUCUCCCAUUACUGUACAACUGUACAUUGCAUGUAACCCUGAGAAAUGUUCAGCCUUUUGCCAUUACCUCACUUUAAACAGACUUGCUACAUUUGAACCUUGAAGACUUUGAUGUAUGCUCCAUAAAUCUUCUAGUGUUG